GAUAAAAGAGAAAAGGUGGGGCUAACAGAAACACACUAGAGGGGCACACUCUGGUUUAAGCGUCUUAUCCAGCACACACAUUUUCACGAAUUGACUUUCGUAGUACUUAACACAUUGACUUUUGCAUGUUCGGAUGAGUCCACUGUUAAAGGUUAAAGCCACAUUAUGACUGAAUUAGAAACAUCUGGGGGUGGGGAGCAUCCACCGCCCUACAUUAUCUUUCUGGUGGUCUUCCUCUUCUUUCUCACUGGACUUCUGGGCUUCCUCAUCUGCCACCUACUGAAAAAGAAAGGUUACCGCUGUCGGACAGGAGACAUGGAUGAUGAAGAGGAAGAGGAGGAGGAAAAGCUUGAAGAAAAUGCAGAUGAUGAGGAUGAAGAGAACCAAGAUACAGUGGAGCAGAUACUCAAAUGUAUCAUUGAAAAUGAAGCAAAUAUGGAAGCCUUCAAUGAAAUGUUGGGAAACCAUAAUGUCUGUGUGCGCCAUGACCCAAGGUUGCGUAAGGAGUCAAUUGGUGGUGUUCCUCCCCAUCACCACACAGUCCACUCAGGCACCGACCACAACUCCUGCCAUCUUUGUGCCCAGGAGCGAUCUAAAAAGGGUCGUAGACAAAGCAGAAUUCCCCGCUCCAAACAACGACCAGGAGAGCAGACUGUCUUCUCUGUUGGCAGAUUCCGUGUCAUCCACACUGAUAAGAAGGUCCAUGGAAGUCCUAAUCCUUUGGCCAUUUCAGGGGACCAACUGGACCAAUCCCAGGAUAGCGAAGAGCGGAAGGUGGAUGGAUACAACCUGAGAAGCAUGUUUAAGGACGUCCGACUGCCUUCUGAAAGUGUCAAUGGGGUAACUCCAAAACGAAAGAAGAGUGUGACCAUAUUUGGACUGAGGCGAGACAGUGACCCUGUAACUACUAAAUCAGGGGAGGGGACAGUUAGUAAGACAGAAGGGGUUAAAUUUGCUAUUCAGCAGCAGUCUGUCGUACUGGAGGAAACCCUGCAGCAAGUGAACAUUGAAGUUUGUCCAGAGUGUAGUACUAAACCUGGUUCCAACACCAACCUUGAGCCCGCUUUACUUCUGCAAGAAGUUAAAACACCACUUUCUGUCAAUUCUCCCUCUUUCCAAAGCAAGAAACAAGCCCAUGAGCCUAGCUCUGGUCUCGAGGAAGACUCUAAACUUAGGUCCAGUCCUGAACCCCAUUCAGUGAUUAUGAUAAAUUCUUCUGCUGGGAGCACAACAGCCUCUGCCCCCAGUUCCUUCACUAUUCCAUUAUAUAAUAGAGUAAAUUUUGAGGAUAAGGAGAUAAAGAAUAAAGAGGCGCACAGCCCUGGACCACUGCAGACCUCUACACCCAUUGCUCCUAUCCCAGGAUCGAUUCCCAAUUUCCCACAUGUCAUCUCUGGCAGUCAGCCUGAAACUCAUUCUAGAACAGGUGUUCCAGUCAUGCAAACUCUACCUGACCAAAGCUACAGCCCAAGCCCCAAACUAAGCUCUAAAAAUAUACCAUCGGAGGGUGCAAAAAUGACCAUUUCCCCUGCCCUUUCGCAUAACCAAAAACUCUUGCCAGGCCAAGAAAUAUUUGCCCGAUCCCCUAUUUCACCUUCAUGCUUAGGACAAAGUGCUAGUACAUUACAAGGCCAAUCUCCCUCACCAGCUCUUACUGCUGGCCCUAAGCUUGAUGCUUUUCCAGUAUCAUUACAAACCUCAACAGACCAGACAGAAAUGAAGAGAGUUGGAAUUCUCAAAACAACUACAUUUUCUUCAGUUUUGGCAGAGGAUUCUAAAGGUUGUGCAUACUCUUCCUCUAAUGAUUUUAAAGAUAAACUGAGCAAUUCCCCUUUGUCACCUUCCAGCCCACUGUCACCAUCCUCACCUCUAGCAGACAGAAUAAGUAGUGGGACCAAAGAUAAGGCCACUCCUGACAGCAAGAGAGAAUUCUCUGUUUUCACUAUGGUAAAGGAAGAAAAGUCUUCUCCUUCAAUACAGGACCACAAAGGAGAGACUUCUGAACUCGGGACUAAAUCAGAAAAAGAAUACUUACUGGUACUGCAGCUGUUAGUCAGGGAGGAGGGGUUUGACAAUCUUAACACUAUUGGAUGGAAUAUGAAUAAGUAGCUGCUAAAUGGCUGUUUUUGCAGUCACUGUGAGCAUGUCAUCUCAUUGUUGUUGUAGAUAUCCUACCCACAAAUGUCCUAUUCAUGGUGGUGCUGCAGCAAAGAGGAUGACCAAAGUCAUUCAGAUAUUACUAGGAACUAACAAACUCCACUGACAUCCUUAGGGCACUAGUAUGGUAAAAGUAGACUUCUGAAGUAUUGUUUUUUUAUGAACAUCAAGUUCACCUUGAAUUUCCACAUUAUUACUUAAUGUUUAUUGUUACAACUUAAUAAGAUAUUAAUAUUACAUAAUAAUACAGGAAAUGGGAAAAAUAAAUUAGUGUUUUUAAAAAUACAUACAAUACAACAAAAGCUAUCCGCAAUGCAUUUUCAUUUACAAAUCUGUAAAGUACUUAAGGAUUUUAGUCAUCAGAAAAUUAGUCCUGCAAUGCCAUGGAAGCAAUACAUUAAUAAAAAAAAAUCUAUACUAAUGGCAAUAUAUCUUAGCUUCUUAAUGAUUUUUGAUAUAAUGUUGAUUUGCUGUUUGCCUUCUUGGGUUAAAGUCUGAACAUUGGCAAAAUGCAGAAACAAAUGACUGGAAGCUUAUUUCUUUGAUUUCAAGUGUAUGGAGCACUUAAAAAAUAAUAAUAAUAAUAAUUGUAUUUGCUACCUUGCAUUACCUUCUUGAUGUGCUAACAGUCAAGAAGUUACUGUUAGGUAGCAAGUGUAAUUUUUGAUGGGUUCAGUUGUUUAUGAGUUCUUAUCAAGUCUUCUGAAUCAAAAUAUACAGGACAAGCACAAAAAGAGCAACAGUUAUUCUGUUGGCAGCUGUACCAAUGGAGAUUUGUCAACUUAAUGAAUUUUUACCAAGUUCUUGUAACUGUAGCUGCUUUUGGCAAGUACAGUGUGUUGCCCAUUUAUUCAGACAGUCUAGUUCCACGCCAAUUCCUUUUUCUAUUUUUUCCCAAUUUAAAAUAAGGCCAUUUUGUUCACACAGCCGUUCAUGUAACUUAUAUUUUUGGGAGUGUGUGUGUUUCAUUAGGAAAUUUUGCACUAGGGUGGACAGUAGUGGUGUGUGGUGAGGUUCAUGGCUGGUGAGACACUGACUUCAUCAGAAUCAAAUUUACAAAUAUAUUGACUGGCAGCAGUUUACAAGUUAUGUUUCAUUUCUGCAUUCUUUACACAUACAAACUGUAGCACACAAAACGCACAUUUCA